AUGUGGCCAUCUCAACAGCGACCUAAGCGAAAACGAAAAGGUCAAGUUGACAGCGUCGAUGAUGGCGACGAUUACCAUGGCAACUUCAACAGCGACAUGUUCGAGCACUGGUUCGGUGGUGUUUGUCGGACGCUGCAGGCCCUGCAUGGACCAUGCGUUAUUCACAUGGACGGAGCAAAGUAUCACAAGCGGCAUGGACCAUGCGUUAUUCACAUGGACGGAGCAAAGUAUCACAAGCGGGUUUCGAACCCACCACCUACCAGCAAGGACCCCAAGGCGACUCUGAUGGCUUGGCUCGCAGCACGCGCUGUGUCGUACGACGCGAAGAUCACGAAGGCAGAGUUGCUGGACCUCUGCCGACAACACCGUGAGACACCAUCGUAUGCUACGCAGGUAUUGGCUACAGAAUGUGGCCAUACCUUGAUUUUCACGCCACCGUAUCAUCCCGAGCUGCAGCCCAUCGACGUUGUAUGGGGCAUCGUCAAGAACCGCAUCGGCGGCCCAUCGAAAGACAUGGGAGAGUUGCGCACGCGCCUAGAGGUAGAGUUCAGUAGCAUAGAGUCAUCACAUUGGCUGGGUGCGUACCGAAAAGCACAAUCGUUCGAGGACAUGUACUUCUCGACUGCUGAGGAUGCGCUGCUGGGCGACGAGGCCAGCGACGCAGAUUCUGACUUGCUUCGAUCUUCGGAUGUAAACGGCUCGAUAGUGUGGAAGACGGACUUUCCCGUCGAAGAUUCGUUCUUUGGGUAUGUGGAUGGAUGGCAUCGUCGGUUCUGGCAAGGCAGCCCGGACCACCGCGGUGUGCCUGGUGCGUUGGGGCGGGUGGUGACUUUGAUCCACGCCGACGAUAUGCAUCAGUUCCGCGACGUCGACCCACAUGCAUCCGAACUACCCCAAACAUGGGGACGCAUCUACCGAGUGCCGAAAGAGGAAGUGCCAGCCAUCUUGGCUCAGCUAGACCAUCGUGAAAAGGCUGGGUAUGAUCGCGCAGAAGUGGACGUCCAUUGCACCGACAACCAAGUUCGCCGCGCCUUGGUGUUCAUUGCGCUCCCUGGCAAUUCAGACUUCCUGGGACCUGCUCCGUUGAAGGGCAUGGCACACGAAAUUGCAUCUCGUGUAGGCCCUAGCGGCUCAAACCUAGAGUACUUUCUCAACCUUUGCCGCUGCAUGCGUGAAAUCAACGUUCAAGAUCGUCACUUGUUGGAUUUAGAAGCCCUCGUGCUUGCACACGAACAGCCCAGUGUGAAGUAA